CUUUUUCUUGAAUUCCAGAAGAUUGAUUUGUAUUAUUUUUGUUAAGUCUUGAAAGAUUGAUUUUUUUUCAUAAAGGUUGAAUUUUUGGCACAUAAAGACUAAAUUUUUGUUUGUGGGGUUUUAUCUAAAUUUUGGUUAGUUGAAACUUGAAAGUUUCUUUGUUGUAUCUUAUGGAAAUUGUUUAAUCUUUUUGCUUGCUGGAUUUGUACCUACUGAAGAUAUUUUUAUUGGAAAUAUACCAUAAAAGGGUAAUAUAUCUUAACUUUGGUCAAAGCCCUAAAGGGGUGUGCUUUUCUUCUAAGCUAAUUUUGAAAUUUAAUCUUUUAUCUGUUCACAUAGGAAACUUGCAGAUUGCUGUUGUUGAUUUUUCUCUCUACUGUGAUACAUCUUAAGAUCUUCUCUUUCUGAGUUCAACUUGACAGCAGCAGAGAGCAGUAUCUCCCAAAUACCAAAUUCAGUUACAGGGAUCCCGUACCAGUUUCUAGUUGAAUCGAGGAACAGUGUUUGUAAGGGAACAUUCAAGCAGCUUCAUUUUGAGAAUUAGAAUAACAAGCGAACCAUGUCUUUAGUUAGAUCUCUAAGAUCAAUUGGAAAUGGGAAGCUGUAUUUUCAAAAUGGUCACGACGAUAACUCUAGCUUGUCAACAUCCAUGUACUCCAAAAAUGCACGUGGGAUUAUGUAUGCAACCGAGUCUAGCAGCACAGACAGUUAUGAUCCAAAGUAUUUGCUAGAAUCACCUUCACCUUCGGAAGAACUUUUAACCACAUCACCUACAGAUGUCUUGGGGAAUCCAUUCCACCAGAGACAUUCAUCUUCUUUCCAUCCAUCAAGAGAUUACAAUCAGGCUAGUUAUGAUUCAGGAGACUUUGUCAAUCAAAGUCCAGAUUCAUCAGAAUAUAAUGAUGGAAGGGUGACAAUGAAGCUUCAAGAACUUGAAAGGGUACUUUUCGAUGAUAACGAAAUUGAAGGAGAUGAUGUAUUUACUCGUGGGGAGACUAUGGACAUAGAUGAUGAAUGGUUUAACCAGAUCCGAACUGAGUUACUUCAGGAGUCUACAUCUGCAGAUUCUAAUAUCAGUAGCAGUAGUAGCUACAAGGAAAUAUCUGUAUCUGCUCCUCAAACUCCAAAGCAGAUGCUUUUUAGUUGUGCUGCUGCUAUUCAAGAUGGACAUAUUGAACAAGCCUCAUCUAUGAUUAAUGAACUGAGGCAGAUGGUCUCCAUCCAGGGAGAUCCUCUUGAAAGGACUGCAGCUUACAUGGUAGAAGCUCUUGCAGCUCGAAUGGCUACAUCUGGCAGAGGUCUUUAUAAAGCUCUAAAAUGCAAAGAAGCUACCUCUUCGGAGAGACUCUCUGCUAUGCAAGUCCUCUUUGAAGUAUGUCCGUACUUUAGGUUUGGUUUUAUGGCAGCUAAUGGUGCGAUCCUAGAGGCUUUUAAAGAUGAGAAAAGAGUUCACAUCAUAGAUUUUGACCUUAACCAAGGAAGUCAAUAUUACACUUUAUUGCAGACAUUGGCUAGUAUGCCUGGUAAGCCACCCCAUGUGAGGCUAACUGGGGUAGACGACCCUGAAUCUGUCCAACGUGCUAUUGGAGGCCUUAAUGUCAUUGGUCUCAGGCUUGCAGAGCUGGCCAAAGAUCUUAAGAUCUCUUUUGAGUUCCAAGCAGUGUCUUCCAACACUGGAUUAGUCACCCCAGCAAUGUUGAACUGCCGUCCUGGUGAAGCUGUUUUAGUAAACUUCGCGUUCCAGCUUCAUCACAUGCCUGAUGAAAGUGUAUCAACGGUAAACCAAAGAGACCAGCUUCUGCGGAUGGUGAAGAGCUUAAAUCCAAAGCUGGUAACAGUUGUUGAGCAAGACAUGAACACUAACACUGCCCCAUUUCUACAAAGGUUUGCAGAAGUCUACAACUACUAUUGUGUCGUAUUCGAGUCUCUCGAUGCAACUCUUUCAAGGGAUAGCCAAGAGAGGGUUAAUGUAGAACGGCAAUGUCUUGCACGUGAUAUCAUCAACAUUGUUGCCUGUGAAGGAUUGGAGCGAAUAGAGCGCUAUGAGGUUGCAGGGAAGUGGAGAGCUAGGAUGAUGAUGGCUGGUUUCACUCCAUCCCCAAUUAGCCGAAAUGUCUAUGACUCAAUCCGGAAUCUUAUCAAGCAAUAUAGCGAAAGGUACAAAGCAGAGGAGGAGGCAGGUGCACUCUAUUUCGGGUGGGAGGACAAGACCCUGACUGUUGCUUCAGCUUGGAGGUAGAAACAACAUAUGCUCUCUCAGAAACAAACAAUGCUGUGCAUUGGAUCAACUUGUAGCGAAAACAGACUGUGUGAUAAUAUUUCAGUGUUUAUGAUCAGAAUGCAUGGCAUUGUAUACUUUGAUGCCAUUCAAGAUAAGAUUAACUUUUGUGCUAAUGUAGGUUGAUGUGAAACUAGUAGAUAAAACUGUUUUUUUUCGUCCUCUAUUGUCAGUUUCUACUUCAGCUAGCUAUUCUUAUACUUCAUUUUAGUUUUCUGUCCAGAUAAUUGAGCAGGAUCUUAGCAAGUC